CAACGGUAGCACGGCGAACUUUGUUACGCAGAGCCUGUCGGAGAAACUGGGUUUGUCACAACGCGGUACGAGCACCAAGACAUAAGGCUAAAAAUGUCCAGCCUAUAAUGGGUCAGCUGCCGUUAGCUAGGACACAACUUGAAUUCCCAUUUCUACAUUGUUAUGUUGACUAUGCUGGACCAGUAUUGAUAGCUAAUCGUAAGGGCCGCGGGAGCAAACUUUCAAAAUCGUAUAUGUGCAUCUUUGUUUGCUCUGCAGUGAAAGCUGUACAUUUGGAGCUCGUCACAGAUCUCACCACCGAGGCUUAUAUGGCCGCUUUAAAUCGGUUUGUGGCACGUCGAGGUAAGCCUCGAAGUAUUACAUCCGACAACGGUACGAAUUUCGUUGGCGCAUCCAAUGAAAUGCAAAGGUUUUUGCGUACCUCGAAUGUCGCAUCUGAAACGGCACAGCAGAGCAUCGAAUUUAUUUUCACGCCUGCCUACUCUCCUCAUUUUAAUUCAUUAGCAGAAGCUGCCGUAAGGUCCUUUAAACAUCACCUAAGACGUAUAUUAAAAUUAACUCAUUUUACCUAUGAAGAGAUGACAACUUGUCUCAUUCAAAUAGAAGCAGUUCUAAAUUGUCGCCCUCUCACCCCCCUUUCAUCGGAUCCUAAUGAUUUUUCGGCUCUUACACCCUCACACUUCCUAAUUGGACGGCCACUCCUAUCUGUGCCACAACCACAGGUGACUGACACUGACGUCAACCUCUCGAGACUGGACAGAUGGCGUAGAAUUCAGCACAUACGACAACAUUUCUGGAGACGAUUUCAUAAUGAAUACAUUUCCAUACUUCAGGCAAAAACAAAAUGA